GUCAAUGUCAAAGGGCAAAAUCCUCCCUCGCCAAUAUUUCCUCGGCCCCCCUUCUCUUUCCGAAAACUCCAACCAUGGCGGCCGGGGUACUUUACACUUAUCCGGAAAACUUCCGCGCUUAUAAAGCGUUGAUCGCCGCACAAUAUUCCGGGACUGAUGUGAAAGUAGCACCGAAUUUCGUAUUUGGCGAGACCAACAAGUCCGAAGACUUCUUGAAGAAGUUUCCUGCCGGAAAAGUGCCUGCAUUCGAAAGUGCCGAUGGAAAGGUGCUCCUAACUGAAAGCAAUGCCAUCGCUUACUACGUUGCCAAUGAAAGUCUCCGCGGAGGAGAUCUGGCUACCCAAGCCCGUGUCUGGCAGUGGGCAUCAUGGUCUGACAGCGAACUACUGCCUGCUUCCUGCGCUUGGGUCUUCCCUUACCUUGGUAUCAUGCAAUUCAACAAACAGAAUGUUGAACGUGCAAAGUCUGACCUACUGGCCGCCUUAAAAGUACUGGACGGACAUCUUCUCACACGCACCUUCCUUGUUACCGAGAGAAUCACACUUGCCGAUGUCAUUGUCUUCAGUACACUGCUGCAUGCUUUCCAGCACGUGCUAGACCCGAGCGUCCGUUCGUCGCUGAUAAACGUUCAGCGUUGGUUCCUGACCGUCGCCCACCAGCCGCAAGUGUCGGCCGUCGUCGGCUCGCUCACGCUCUGUGCGGCUCCUCCUACAUACGACCCUAAAAAGUACCAGGAGUUAGCUGGUGCACAGAACAAGAAGGAGGGCAAAAAAGAUAAGAAGUGUGAAAAGAAAGAGCAACCCAAGAAGAAGGAGGAAGUUGUUCCUGACCUUGAAGAGGAGGAGCUUGAAAAGCCUAAGGAGUCCAAGGACCCCUUCGACUCUAUGCCUAAAGGUACCUUCAACAUGGAUGAUUUCAAGCGUGUCUACUCCAACGAAGACGAAGCUAAAUCUAUUCCUUACUUCUGGGAGAAGUUUGACCCCGAGAACUAUUCCAUUUGGUAUGCCGAAUACAAAUACCCUGAGGAACUCGCUAAGGUGUUCAUGAGCUGUAACCUUAUUACGGGUAUGUUCCAGAGGUUAGACAAAAUGCGCAAACAGGCUUUCGCAUCCGUCUGCCUGUUUGGUGAAGACAACAAUUCCACCAUCUCUGGAGUGUGGGUGUGGCGCGGAAAGGAGCUCGUGUUCCCGCUGUCGUCUGAUUGGCAGGUGGACUACGAGUCCUACGACUGGAAGAAACUGGAUCCUUCGAGCGAGGAGACCAAGAAACUUGUCCAGGACUACUUCUCGUGGAACGGAACCGACAAAGACGGUAGAAAGUUCAACCAGGGCAAGAUAUUCAAGUGAAUGCCGACCAACGUCCAGCCAAUGUAUACACAUUUCAUACAAUAACUAUAAAAAACUUUA